AUGACUAUUUUUAUUGGUUUUUCAAUUUUUAAAAAUGAUCCUGAUUUUUCAUCUCCAUUUUAUCAUCAAAAAUUUUUUAAUGCAUGCUGUGAAAUGAUUUUUAUUGUUGUUGAAUAUUUUAUUAUCCGUAUACCAUUAUUUAAUAUUUUUAAUGAUUGGUAUAUAUUUGCUCAAAAUAUACCAGGAAUUGUUCAUGGACUAUCUUGGUAUUUAUAUAUAGUUGUUUGUAUUGGACAAUGUAAUCUAAUGAUCAAUCGUUUUAUUGUUUUAAAACGGCCAACAGAUAUUAAUCAAGAAAAUAAUAAGUUAACUAUUUAUUUAAUAAUGUUCCAAGUUUUAUUACCUUCAUUUAUGAUUUUUAUACCGAUGAAUUGUCAUAUGAAAAGUUAUUACACUAAUAACAAUAAAACUUUAAUUUUUGAAGUUGAUAAUAAAACAAUUUCAAAUACUUUAUUAACAUCAGGAGUUAUUAUUGGUAUCAUAAUGUGUUUAUUUGGAACAAUAAUUGGAACAUGGAAUAUUUUUCUACUUAAAAAAAUAGUAAAUCACAAAAAUUCAUAUAAUAAAAGAAUAAAAAAAGAAUUACCAUUAUUUUUGUAUACAUUUUUACAAACAAUUGCAUUUAUUAUAUUGACGAUAACAGAAAUUAUACAAUUUAUUUCUGGAUCACUAAAUUAUGACAAUUGGUAUGCAUUGGCAAUACAUAUAUAUCCAUUGUCUGAAGAUUUGCUUUGCCUAUCUGAUCCAUUUAUUUUAUACUCAACAAACAAAAUAGUACGUAAGAAGUUUACUAAAUUUUGGUCUAAUAAAUUAUGCUUAUUAAAUUUAUUUUUUUUUAAAAAAAAAGUUUUUGUUAUUUCACAUAUUUCAUAA